AUGGCUGCCACAUUCAACAUACAAAAGCCAUACGUGCUUACCACCCUACCUCGACCUCUGAACCGCCAAGGCAAUGGUAGCGCAUAUACUGUCGGCGAUGUCUGGGGGCAACAACAAGGGUCCAAGAAGAGAAAGCGGCCAGAACUGGCUGUGGGCAUCGACGGCGAGGCAGUCAAUCUAUACGAUAUAUCAUCUCAGAGAUUAAUCACAUCCUAUCCGAUUCCCCCUCAAUCCGUCUUCACCUGCCCGCCUUGUUCGACGAGAUGGCGAGUUGCAAAAAGCAGAGAUGCCGCACGCUACACCUAUGUCUCAACGAGGGACCCGAAGGCAAAGAUCACCUUGUUCAAAGAUGUUUUGGGAGCAUCUGGCGACACCACUUCCACCAUCGUGACCGAACAGGUGGACCACGCUUCUAAGCUGGUUCACUUGGGCACUACCUCGACCUCUACCGAGGAUGAUGCCAAGGCGGAUCUAUUGGCAGUCACCGAGGACGGUUCCGUCAUGUGCUUUCAAGGCGAAGAUCUGCGCAAGAGAUGGGAGACGUCGCCAGAGAUUCUCCGACAGGAUCUGGCUUCCAUUCCGAGGGGGGGCCGCCUCGAAGUCGAGCUCGUCCAAGCCGCACUGGCUAGCGACGUUAUUGCUGGUUUCUUUGGCGGCAAGCAGGAUGCCUUUGCCUCCCUUCUGCGAACGAGCCAAGAGGAUGUCUCCGCUCAAAACAUGCUUGUGCUCAUCACGAAGACCGUCAGCGCUGAACAGGUCACCCGGCAAUUGCACAUUCUUGGAGUCGUUCCUACAGACCAACAAGUGGCCGGGAGGCUUGUGCAGGUUCACACCUCUCCCAUACCGUCGGCUUAUGCAGCAUCAAAUGGACCUGAGAGCCUCCGCUUGGAUAUAAACACGGGGUCUCUGAUGGAGCUGCAAGAGGGAUCUCUCGUCACCUACGACCUCACAAGGAGUCUAGCCAAAGUUGAAUGCACACUCGAGGUCCCUGACGUCCGGUCAUUCAUCAGAUUAUCCAAGUCUUCUGUACUUGCUGCCAAAUCAGAGACCCUGGACGUCUACAACCCGGUCUACCAAUCGCUACAGGCAUCUGCUGCCUUCGACCUGGAGUCAACCAGCAAAGAAGUGCAUGCACCUACGAUAUCUCUCGUCGCAUAUUUUCCGCCGCUUGAAAUAGCAGUGGCGAUCUACGGCGCAUCAUUGGUCGCCAUGCAACUCGAAGCACCCAGAACACGUGGCAAGAAACGUCGAUCGGAGGGACUGUUGAUCGACUCGAUAGGUCGCGGAAUUCCACAGUCCAAAGACAUCAAGAAAUUCAGGUCUGGUGCGGAGUCUGCGAGCUUCUCGACUAGCUUCUCUAGCAACCUUCCUGGCAGCGUCUCUGGCAAUUACUGGUCCGAUUUUACCUCAGAUGUCCAGAGAGCUGAUGAACUCCUGGCCGCAAAUGAUAUUGCAGGAUUUGAGGAGAUCAUUGCUGAAAAGUUCGGAAUCGAGAUCAAACCGGCGGGUGCGGCAAGCGGCACGAAUGGCAUCGACAAUGAGCCAGUGCCAGACCAGGAACAGCCCAGACUACCAGAGUGGAUAUUGCCUGCCGCACGAACCAAUUACCGGUACUCUGAUCGCCGAUGGGUUCAAUUUGCAAUCUCACGAGUGUUCGCAUGGCGAGACACGCAGGAGUCGGGCACAGAAGCGACGAGACUUAUCUGCAGGCUGCCACAGAGCAACCUCCUCACAAUGCUGGUUGAUGCGGGCCACCUUACCGUGUCAAAUCUCAAGUCAGCUUUCAAUGACGAGACACGAAAUAUAGACGACAUCGACUUCAUCUUUGGGGAAGAGCUGCCUCAGGUUCUGGUACAAGUCGACCCAGUCUUCGAGCUUCUCUUGUCGUACCUGUCCUCCACCAAACUGGGCGCCGUCGAGCUUCUCACUUCUGUCCGACUCAUAAUGCGCAGUCUCGAGCUGGUACAAGAUCCCACAAAGAUCGCACCGAAAUUACUCGCCUUUGAGUCUCAAAUGUCCGACGCUGCGGAUCCGGACGAUACCACCCUAUUGGCAGACCAGAGCGCGAUUGGCCAUGAGCUGGAACGUGCGGUGCAGGAACUAGAGGCCGCAGAGUAUUUCCACCUUGGUGACCAGUCACUCAUCCGCGGCAGGAGCCUGAGUGUCGCGUUCGGCAAGCUCAGCAGCUGUCCACGUGUCUCCACGAUCCGCGUGCUCCGCCGGAGCUACAAACCCGAGGAAAUCCUGUCCCUCAUCUACGUAUUACGCAUGGAACUUGUCAAGGACGGCUGGACAACGCGGUAUCUCGACACGACGCAGCUAGACAGGGACGACGAGCUCGAGGCGCCGCCAGAUGGGAGCAUCAGCCUCAUCUCUGACCUGCUCUGCAGGUGCAUCGACGCGGUCGGGCCUGGAGGCUGGCUCAUCAACGAUGCGAUUGUGGCGGCUGGGGCAGGCGACCAUAUGGAUUCGGCAGACUUCCUCGCCUCGCUCAAGCUCGAGGUCAGCGCUGCGCUAGAGGGUGUACAAGAGGCCGUCUUCCUGCGGGGAAUCAUCUCCGAGGCGGUGCGCUACGGCAGCACCAUGCAGAAGGUCGAGGCAGAGAUGGGACAGAAACACAGGCGCGUGGAUGGCGCAUCGUCUGCCAUGUUGCCGCUGGGCAUGAAGGCCAAGAAGAGAAUCUCGGCGGAGAAGGUCGUCUCGGGUGGCGAGGUGGCCCGCAGGCGAAAGAGAGAGGUGGGGCACCUCCUCAGCCAGAAGGUCGGGCCAUACUCGUUGGAAAGGAUCAGCAUAUAG